UGACAGCAUACCACCAUCUUGGGAUCUGGAGCCGGUGUCCCAGGUUCGGGGGACUCUGUCGGUACCGGCACGGGUCUGCGCCGCGCAGCGAGGACGCGGGGUGUCUCGACUCCGCCAUGAUGUAGACUUGAGUUUUCCUGGGAAAUCCUCUUGACAUACUAAUUCCAGAAGGCCCAAGGGAGGAACUCUUUCCCUGGAAGCUGGAAAUGGGCACUGCAUGACCAAACCAGAGCUCAUCUUUGAGUGGGAGCUUCAAUUUGGACCAUGGACCACAGCAGAAGCCUCAGUUGGAUGCGUGUCCGCAGGAUCAUCUUGAUCAAGAGGCACUAAUGCCGUCUCUGUUCCCCGUGACAUGCUGCUGCCUUGAGAACCAUAGUGAGGACACUGGCUGUCCUGGAAUCUGGAAAUGGUGUUGGUGUCAUUUGAGGACGUAGCCGUGGACUUCACCUGGGAGGAGUGGCAGGACCUGGACGCUGCUCAGAGGACCCUGUACAGGGACGUGAUGCUGGAGACCUACAGCAGCCUGGUGUCCUUGGGGCACUGCAUGGCCAAACCUGAGCUGAUUUUCAACUUAGAACAGGGACUUGGGCCACAGAGCACAGAAGGAGCCUCAGUCUGGAACCUCUCAGGUGUCGGCAAAGUGAGUAGCCUGGUUGAUACCAUCCAGAAAAAUGAUAGCAGACAUUUCUGGCAAAUUGAAAUCAACAGCCAUACAGCAAAUGAAGAACUGGUUGAGGCAGAACUGCAGAUUCAUGAGGAAAUCCACCGAGGGGCAAAAUCCUAUGAAUGUGAAGUAUGUUUGGAAGCAUUUUAUCUGAAGCCACAGUAUAGCACAAAGCAGAGAUAUCACACAUGCGAGAAUCCAUAUGACUGUAAGAAAUGUAGAGAAACUUUCUAUUCUAAGUCUACCUUCAGUCAGUAUCAGAGGCUUGAGAGAGGUGAGAAACCCCAUGCGUGUUUAGAGUGUGGGAAAUCCUUCUACUGCAAGUCUCACCUCACUGUGCAUCAGAGGACCCACACCGGUGAGAAGCCUUAUGAAUGUAAAGACUGCAGGAAAGCUUUCUACAGCAAGUCCCAGCUCAAUGUGCAUCUGAGAAUUCACACCGGUGAGAAGCCUUAUGAAUGUCCCGAGUGCAGGAAGGCUUUCUACCGUAAUUCUGACCUCACUGUACAUCAGAGAACUCAUACAGGUGAGAAGCCCUAUGAAUGUAAAGUCUGCAAUAAAGCUUUCUACUGCAAUUCACAGCUCACUGUACAUCACAGGACUCAUACAGGUGAGAAGCCUUAUGAGUGUCAAGUAUGCAAUAAAGCUUUCUACUGCAAGUCACAACUCGCUGUACAUCACAGGACUCAUACUGGCGAGAAGCCUUAUCAAUGUAAAGAAUGCAGGAAGGCAUUCCAGUGUAGGUCAGACCUCACUCGACAUCAGAGAACUCAUACUGGCGAGAGGCCAUAUGAAUGUCCCGAGUGCAGGAAAGCUUUCUACCGCAAGUCAGACCUCACAGUACAUCAGAGAACACAUACAGGUGAGAAGCCCUACGAAUGUAAAGAGUGCAGGAAAGCUUUCUACUGUAAUUCACAACUUACUGUACAUCAAAGACAACACACAGGCGAGAAGCCUUAUAAAUGUAAAGACUGCGGGAAAGCUUUUCAGUGCAAAUACGAACUCACUCGACAUCAGAGAACACACACAGGCGAGAAGCCGUAUGGAUGUAGAGAGUGCAAGAAAGCUUUUUACACCAAGUCAGAUCUCACUCGGCAUCUAAAAACUCACGCAGGGGACAAACCCUGAAGAUGUAGAGCAGGGUAAUAGUUAAUAAGUCCGUUCUUAACUAGCAUCAGAGAACACACAUAAACACGUUUUCCCAUAAAAUUAGACUCAAUCUCAGAGAAUCCCUACAAAUUUAAGAAACCAUUGAUGUAAGAAAGGUCUCUAGCUCAUCUCCAUGUGUAGACCUGAUUACUUUAGGGAAUGUGAAAAGACUGUGUGUGGUCAAAUCUUUUGUGACAUCAUUUAGUAUAUACAGGUGAAUUUCCCUUGGAAUAUAAAGAAUACUAAAGCACUUUUUUUUUCCUUAAAUUAUAAAGCACAAUCAAUGGCAGGAAAUCUCAUCCAGACUUUAUGAAUAUAUAUGACAUGGAAAAGGUUGAUACCUAAGUCAUGCCUCGGUCUACAGAAAACCUCAUAAAGUAGUCACGCAUAGCAAAUGAUUUAGCCAGGCGCACCUUUGCAUUCUGACCCAUGUGAGUGAUCUUGGCAAGACUCAUUUGGACUUGAUGUUUAACAGCACAGCAAGACACAAAAUCAAGACGGAGGAAAUCUCGGCAUGGAGGUGCUCAGCUCUCAUCCUAGCACUCGGGGCAGUGUCAGAUGCAUCAGUGUUUGUGCUGACCUCUUCCAAAUAGUGUGUUCUGGGCCAGCUAUGGAUCACAGUUAAAUCCUGUCAUGAAAAAAGUGAGAAAAUGUUAAAUGGCAAUAAAACCCAUAAGAAAGAAUAUAAAGGACCUUUUAAAUAGUACUUGAAACUCAACUGACAUCAGAAACACAACAAAAUACACUAAAGUAUACGAGUGUGAUACAAGAGUACAGGUGAUGCCUUACACCAUCACAUUACAUCACCAUGUUACAUCAUCAGGAUAAUGAUUUCAGUAUUCAGUUGUGGACACACACAGUAGGAACCCUGUCAGUCUAUAGGUUAUAAAAGCUGCACUCACACAUUAGCAAGCAUGACAUCAAGUGUGAAAGUGAAAACACAUUUGAAUGUACAAAAUGAGUUGAGCUUGAGUGUGGCACAGUCACACGUGCUUGUGAAGCACACACAUUUCCUGUUCUUCUGGGUUUGAGAGUUCUUACACUUCAUCAACAUUCAUGCCCAUGAGUCCAUUUUUGGAGAAUAUAAAGCAAUUGUGAAGAAGUUGCAACAAAUUGAUCAUGACGUUUUGAGUGCUGUCUGUGAAAUCACACCUUGUUUCAUAAGACAAGGCCUACAUAUGCAGGCCAGGCUGACUAGGAAUUUCUUCUAUCGUGGGCAGUUCUCAUAUUCACAGUCAUACUGAUGCAGGCUCUUGAGAUCUUGGAUUAGAGGAAUGGUCUUCCAUGCAACUAUAUAUAUCUUUAGUAUGUGACAUUUUCAGUGAAAUUUCAACAUUUUUAUACACUAUAAAUUUGGGGGAGAAAAUUCAGUUUAUGUAACUUGCACGUUAAUUUCCAGAUGGAAUUGUCUGCGAUGGCAUUGGAAAUGAAGCAGCCAACUGUAUUCUACCAAAUAAACACAAUGAGAUUUCUAGCCAGUGUAAAUUAAGCUUUUUCUUUGGGCAUUUAUUUUUAUUAUAACUAGUUUGGUAGUAGUUAGUGAAUAUAGUAGUCAAAGCCUGGCAAUUCUAAUAGACAUCUGUUUCUACACAAUUGCUUCUCACGACAUAUGGACUUUUCUAUGUAUUAUUAUAGUUAUUCAAAUUUUGCCUACAGAACACUCAGCAUGACAGUAUAGGAAACAUGCAUAUGUUGUAUAAGACAUAAUAAUGGAGGGAAAUGGAAGUGACAUCAUGCAUACCUUUGUGUAUAGUCCUGAUUGUAAUAUUCGAUAUAUAUAAGUGAGAUACAUAGACUAUAGACGAGAGAUAGA